CGUCCACUUCACUGUGCCGCACCAGCCAAGGGGCGCGUACAGCCUCAUUGGGGCUAGAGAACGCAGAUUGGCACGCUACUUAGAAAUGGAGCACUCAUGAAACGCAGAAUGCCCCGUCACCAAGCCGAAUCUACAAUGCGGAUUUCCCGUGCUCUCGCGCGAGAGUGCAGCUCCUCAUAUCAGAAUCCCACGGCUCAAGCCAUGCAUCGCUUGAGAGACUAGGUACUCUUUUCUCCGCUUCGUUGCUCCUUCUUCUCUUCUGCGUUGGUGGUACAUCGCUUUCCCUACGCUGUUUUGAUGUCUUCGCGAUGCGUUGUCAACACAGCACACUUCUCAUACUCCCAUUUUCCUUCUCCCUCCUCACACUAACUCGAGCGACAACAUGUUACGCGCCCAACGGUAGUAUAGAAACAAAUACGGAAUACCAGCCCUGCUCCAACGAUACUUCAGACCCGCUCAGCACCAUUUGUUGCGCCUGGAACCGCGCAAACGGACCCGAUAUCUGCGUGCCGAACGGCUUGUGUCAGCGAGGACCGAAGGAGGGUGAAACGGAGCAGGACGCCGAGUACACGAAGCCGCAGUGUACGGAGCAGAACUGGGAUGAUCCGGGGUGCUUGAACGUGUGUAAUGGCAAGAAUCUGGAGUGGCUCACACCCUGCGAUCGGAGCAACUCGAACGAAAGUCGGCGAUGGUGUUGCGGUCUCAGUGAUGAGUGCUGUAACGAGGAUCUGCAUUUGCAGAUCGAGACGCUGGCCGCGCGAUUUGGGGACCCGACGGACAUACCCUCAUUAGCAUCGACCGCCACCACGCUCCCCCUCUCUACAAUAUCAGUCUCCGGCUCUGCAACAACAACGGCAACCAGUGAUACCACACCGACAACGCUGACCGAUUCUCCGCAAUCCCAAUCCAACAACGGACUCUCGUCCGGCGCAAAAGCCGGCAUCGGGAUCGGCGCCACGCUCGGCGGUCUCCUUCUUAUCGGAUUGGGAAUAUGGUUGGGCAAGUAUCUGCACGCGAGGAAGGGCGGCGAGAAUGAAAAAGCAGAGCUAUACGGUGGCUACGAACGGGGCCAGGAUGGGUCAUUCUAUGGGGCGCCGAGGGAGGGCGGUCUGUCGGUGUAUAAGGCGAGAGAUGAGGUGGAAGAUCAGAGAGCGAAUGUUGAAUUACCGGAUCAUAGAGAUAGAGAUCCGACGGAGUUGCCGUAGAUGCGAGGGCGCGGGUGCGGCCGCAUAGUUUAUGA